UAGGUGUUUAAGGCUGUGUUUUGCCGUUUUAUAAUGAUUUAGCGGGAGUGAUUUCACACUUGGCAACACCGAAGGAGAAUAUCAACAGAGAGAGAGAGAGAGAGAGAGUCCUCCGCCCCUUCCUCUUCGCCAUUUAAGCUGCAAGAAUCUCUACUCCUCCUAGUCUUCCUUGAGUGAGAGAGAGAGAGAGAGAGAGAGAGGCACACACAAGUCAACAAGAUGAGUGGCAGCAAACAGAGGCCGUCUAUUCUUGAUAAGUCGCUGAGCCGCGGCAAGACGGAGGUGAGCGCCACAGCCUUCGCCCUGCUGUUCUCCGAGAUGGUCCAGUACUCACACAACAGGGUCCAGAGUGUGGCGGACCUGCACCAGAAGCUCUCGGAACUUGGUCAGCACGUCGGUGUCAGGAUGGUCGAGCUUCUGUUUGUGAGAGAACGAAACUACAAGAGGGAGACCAAGCUACUCAGCACUCUACUGUUUGUUAAAGGGACCAUGUGGAAGUCUCUCUUCGGCAAGGAGGCGGACAAGCUCGACAGGGCAACGGACGAUGAGCGGAUUUUCUACCUGAUCGAGAAGGAGCCGCUGGUCAACCGCUUUGUCUCGGUGCCGCGCGACAAGAGCUCCAUCAACUGUGCCGCCUUCGUAGCCGGCAUCAUCGAAGCAACGCUGACCUCCACUGGCUUUCCGGCCAAGGUGACGGCACUCUGGCACAAGGGAACCACGUUUAUGAUCAAGUUUGACGACACAGUGAUGACGAGAGACAAGCAGUUGGAGGGACGCUGAGAAGAAGAAGGAGGAAGAGGAGGAGGUAGAAAAAAAGAGAAGAGAAGAGUGAGGGAGAGCGGAGGAGAGGAAGAGAGAAAGGAAGAAUGGGAUAGAAAGAAGAGAUGAGGAGGAGAAGGAGGAGGAGGAAGAGGUAAAGAACGAGGGAGAGAGGAAGACGAAGAGGAAGAGAGAAAGGAAGAAUGAGAUAUAAGGAGGAGGAGGAGAAGGAGGGGAAAGAAGAGAAGAAAAGGAAGGAGAAAGAGGAGGAGGAAGGAGGAGGAGGAGAGAAAAAAUGGAUGGAAGGAAAAGGGAAGGAGAG